UUCAACAACCCGUUCACUUGUGCAGUUUACGCGUACACUAGCUAGGUACACGAUUCGGUCCGCGAACCGGCAGUACACGAUUCAUUGGUCCGCACGGUGGACAUGCCCGCUGUCGCGUUUUCGUUCUCCGUAACAAUAAAUUGAAUAUUUCACGCACGGGGUGUUUUUUCCCUUCUCUCUACGACCACCACUGUGCCGUGCAGGUGUAAUCGAAUCGCAAAAUGCAUCAAAACAUUUGCAAAACGACACACGAGUCCCACACGAUCAACUGGUCGAGACAAGUCUGAUCGUACGUCUAUAUAAUUAUAACGCGCGCGCAUACAUCCGCACAACGACGAAGACAUAGACAGAGGGAAAGAGAGAUAGAGAUUGAGAGAGAGAGAGAAAGAAAGACAAAGAAAACACAAACCUAAGAAUAUGACGAGCGAAAGGAAUAUACCUCACCUGAGAGACAUAUUCGGCAGCGGUGCCGGUGAAGAUCACGGUUUGUCGGACGAGCUGCAGCGGCUGGACGUGAAGGGCGACGACCGGAACUCGUUGGGCGGCGUGAGCGCGGGCGGCACCGACAGCGCCAUAUCAGUGGGCUCGGCUAGCGAGGAGGACCUGUUGCCGGCCAAAGGGACCAAGAAGAAACGGCAGAAGAACGGCGGUGGCCGGCAGACGAAGAACGCGUCCACGUUCGAGGACGACGUCAAACACCUGGAACGGCAUCUAUCCAUGAAGAAGACCAUCAGGAAGAAGAUCAUGCGGGACCUGCAGCAGGCGUUCGUCGAGGACCCGGACGAGUUCAAGGUGGAGGACAUACCGCCGGAGCAACUCAAGGCCGAGCUCAACUGCAGGAGCCUGAGUUUCGGCACGCCCGGCAAGAAAAAAGGUAAAAUGAAGUCGGAAUCGAAUUUCCUUGAUUUCCUACGAGGCGGCAAUGAUUCAGCGAUGACCGGCCGUCGGUACAACGCGGACGAAAGCGAUUCGGGACACGGGUCGCCGACUAGAGAAUUGGAUGACGAUGAGCCGUCGAUACGCAAGCCGAGCUUUUGGAGACGUUUUACCAUCAAAGGUGCGAAGAACAAGCGGUAGGCGAGAGUACCGUAUGCGCGCGCAUAAGUCAACUCUGUGAUCCCAAAAUAACUAUUAUUAUUUUAUUAUUAUAAAAUAUUUUUAAUAUUGCGAAUAUCAGUGCGUGUACGGCUUUUUUUUUUCGCUAACCCGUUCUUUGAUCAUAAGAAGGAGAGUCUGUAAAGGGAAUCUAUGGUUUUAUUUUUUUUUACAACUAUUGAUUUACUACACCGGGGUCUUAUUUAUAUUUUUAACAAUAUGCUAUGAUGUAUUUGGGUACAUAAUCACAUGUAUUGUAAUAUAUAU